AUGGCUUAUCUUGAAGUAUUUUUCUGUAAAGGAUCUUACUUAACAAAUGUUAAACCAGCAUUAAGACCAAUUCCAACACCACCACCUCCAAAAAAGAGAUGUGUUGAAGGACCAAAUAGAAUUAUUAAUGCAAAAUAUGACAAAGGUCCAGUUGUUCAUGUUGAAUUACAUAAAGAUGAUUUGAAAGAUACAACUUAAUAUGGUUAUGGAUUUUGGUUUAGAUAUACUGGUUUAGCAGGUGGAUAAUAUGAAAAUGGAAGACCAGAUUGGUCAUUAAUUGCUAGACUUACAAAUAAAAAAGAAACACCUAAAGAUAUUAGAGACGGAUUAUUAACUAUUUUCUAAGGAAAAGUUGGUUUCUUUUAUAUUACUGCUAAUAAUAAAGCUAAAAAAUUAGUAGAAUUAGCUUAACCAUUUGGAGAUAUUGAAGGUGUUUGGAUUUAUACUUAUUUCAGUUAUACUAGAUAUAAAGCUAUUGCAUUCUAUUAGAUUGAGAAUUAAGCACCAAUUACUUUAGAAGCUAAAGUUACACAUCCAAGAAUGGAAUAAUUAUUAUUCUAAGUUGGUGGUAAAGAUCCAUAAAAUAGAUAUUAUUCAUUUAAUGGUUAAUUCCAUAGACCUGUUUUAAGAUUAGGAUCAGGAUCAUUCUUUGAUACAUUAGAAGAAUACAAUCCUUUCUGUUUAAGUUGUAAUCCUCAACCU